AUGGUUUCUUUACCAAGAAACAAUACUGUCUCUGAAUCAAAGUAGAUAAAUAAAGGGAAGAUAUGGCACUUCUUUUUCUCUUUUUUCUCUUGUGCCCAAGAUCAAAACAAGCUGGUGCAACAAAUGGUGCAAAAAAACCUUUAGAGAGAUAAUAAGGUGUCCAGGGGUGAGAACAAAGCUCUUGGAAAAGAAGAUGAGUCGUUCUGGAGAGAAAACAAAGGUGUUCAAUGGGAAAACAAAGCCUUCCAAGUGGACGGACAGUUAAUUCGGGAGAAGAAUCAGUCCCUAAGACAGCAAAACCAGGUCCUAUGGUAGUUGAAAGUGUGAUCUUAGAAAGCCAAAAACCACCUGGGGGAAAAAAUCAAAGUCUUGAACACAGUAAGAAAGUCUUAUUGGCAACAGAAUCGAGCCCUGGGGGCUCAGACCAAGGCUCUCCAGGAACAGGAGAAAGCCUCCCAGAGUGAGGCAAAAGCUCUGCAAGAUGAAAUAAGGUCUCUCCGUGAGGAGACCAAGGCCCUACAACACGAGGAGAGAGCGGUCAGGACGGAGGCUCGUGCCCUGAUGGAAGCGGGAGGAGCGCUCGAGAGGGAAGGGCAGGCUUUGUGGAAGGAGGAACAGGCACUUUGUGAGGAGAACAAGACUCUUAAGGAAGAAAGCAGUGCUCUUCAAGGGGAGGAAAGGGCCCUUCUGCAAGAGGCAAAAGUCCUUGAGGAGAGGAAUAAUUUUCUUCAGGGAUAAUACAAUAAAUGUGUGCUGGAAAAAUGCACAAGAAUAAAACAGAACACGAGAUGUAACUCGACGACUUAACCAGCAAACCAUGAAUAUCACUGACAUUCUAGGGAAAAAAAACAAAAAUGUUUGAAGGUGAAAUAAUGCUAUUAUUAGGGGAAGUCAUAGCCUGGAAAUAUAUAGGGCUCAGCGUCUGGUUCUGGAAACUAAAUAAAGUCAUGAAAAGUGGGGAAAAAAAAGGAAAGGAAAUGAUUCUUUCAGGUUUACUUAAAUUUUACAUGACUAUUGGUGAUAAAUACUAUAUUAGAGGACAAAGAUGUACUGCAGAAAAUGUGUGACACUGAAUGGCCCAGCUGGGUUUGCCCUUUACUUUCAUAGACACUGGAUGAA